AGCGCGCGAGCGGAUCAUACGCGCGGAAAACGACGGAUAAUUUUACGGAAAAUUCUGAAUUAGUAGUGGUGCAAAUCACACUCAAACCUAAUUGUUUUCGGCAAGUGCUUUUCCAAAACAAAAACAAACAACUUUUCAAGUGUGAAAUGGUUUUUAAGAUUAAAUAAAGUCCUGUUAGGACUUGAGGGUGGUUUUCUGACUCAUACUCGUGUCAUCUUUAUUAGAGCAAUCAGAAGGCACGAUCUGGUGGCGCCAGUAUUUUGAAUAAUUAAAUCUGUCACAGCAGAUGCUGGACGCGAUACGCGUACUAUGAAGUCGCUCGGUUGAAGGGAGGAGCACUCGCUUUGUGUUACCAAAAGGUAACGGGACCCAUUGAUUACAGCCACAUCAAAAUGCAAAUAACGAGCAACAUGCCGCAGUCGCAUCUGCAGCAAUCGGCGCCGUUCAAUGCCACCAUACUCAAGGACUUUAAGAUAACCAGUAGCGAAAUGGAGGAUUUCGUGAAGCUGAUGUUCGACUUCCAGCGAAAGAACCAGUCGAUGCAGAACGACGAAUGCCAGGGUUAUUGCCAGGGUGAAAUCUACAACUGGCUGAGGGCCUACAACAGCAUUCAUGGCUAUGUCUCCCUAAUGAUUUGCAUUUUCGGAACGAUAGCAAACAUAUUGAACAUAAUGGUGUUGACCAGAAAGGAAAUGGCCAAGGCGCCAAUCAACAACAUACUGAAGUGGUUGGCCGUCGCUGAUAUGUUUGUGAUGCUCGAGUAUAUACCCUAUACAUCCUACCAGUAUAUCUACAUGGAGCCGGGUGAAAAGGAUUUGAGCUAUGGUUGGGCCGUCUAUCUGCUGGUGCACAUGCACUUCACUCAGAUCCUACACACAAUUUCCAUUGGCCUCACCGUGACAUUGGCCGUAUGGCGCUACGUGGCAAUCAGCCAAAUGUUACCAUCUAUCUUUCACAGACAUCCAAACGGGAGCUGUGCCAAUUUUCUGCUCGCACAUUCCAGGGAGGCCAUACUCUUUCCGUUCAUCAUUUCGCCGAUUCUCUGCUUGCCCACGUACUUUGUGUUUCAGGUGCGCGAAACGCACGAUGUGGACACUGUCGAUCACGAGGCCCUCUAUCAUGUGUACUUUGAUGCGGAUUCUGUGCUGUACAGGUUCAAUUUCUGGAUACAUUCCGUGAUUAUCAAGCUGUUGCCGUGCAUCGCCCUGACCGUCAUCAGUGUGGUUCUAAUGAAUGUCCUGUGCGAGGCGUCGCGUCGCCGCCUAAAACUGAAGGACUACGCAAUUGACAACAAAUACGCCGUUCAGCUCAGCCUCAAUGACAGCAAGUCCAAGAGGCCACCGCGCUGCGAUCGCCGCAACGAUCGCACCACGCUUCUUUUGGUGGGCGUGCUGGUACUCUUUCUGGUCACCGAAUUUCCCCAGGGGCUGCUGGGUCUGCUGUCCGGGAUGAUGGAGAAGUGCUUCUUCGCCCACUGCUAUCCGCCCUUUGGGGAGCUGAUGGAUCUCCUGGCCCUGAUCAAUGCUGCAGUGGGUUUCGUGCUCUAUGGUCUGAUGUCGAAACAGUUCCGCACCACCUUCCGAUCACUGUUCUUCAAGCGGCACAUUGGCAGCACUGAGUUGAGCCGAUUGACUCGCGUCACCACCACAUGCGUCUAAGGAGGAUCUGGAACUGGAGCAGGGUAGGAGAAGGUCCGCCUGGAUAUGGCAUCUCAAAGAUGCUCUUGGGCUUCUCUCCAUUGGAAUUUCUAAACUAUAAACUUUUUAAAAGUGGUAUAAGCUGUGAGCUGAAAAUUGAUAAGCGUUUUGAACGGCUAACCGAUUGAUUGAUUGGCUGUUUGAGCAAGUGCCAGUUCCCUUCCCACUUAGUUGCUGAUAAAAGAAAUUGGAUUUAAGAUUAAAUACUAAAGGAAUAUAUAUAUAUCUAUGUGUAUCCAUUAUCCAUUUGAUGUUCCAGAUUGAUGUGCGUUUUGAUAGGCUAAGCAACAUCCCAAUCCCAGUACGUAGUUUUUAACAUAUAAGAAAUUCAACACACACUACAGUCUAUUCCAGUGUUUCGUAUACUAUAAGUCUAAGAGAUUUGCAUACGUAUGUGUAUCCAAAUCUGUUUGUGUAACUAAAGCUGUGACCAGAGCUAAAUCCACAUGCCAGGCGGGCAGGAACUCGAGAGCCCACGCGUUACAUUGCCCCCCUGGCAUGGGGUGGUACCACCCCAUUCAGUCCCUGCAGUUUAUUCGGAUUAUCGUAUUUAUUCAUCUUGCGGUUACAGCUUACUCCAUAAUAUUAGGUAACGAUGCAUUUGACGAGUAUCAUUCAAGUUCUAUAUAAGUGUAAACACGUUCAAAUAAAUGUUUGAUGUGAGUUAAGCAUCUUUGA